GGAUGGACCGGACUCGCUCACUCCCACCACUCCACCUCAUCGAGAAUGUCGUCGCCACAACCGCCGGCAGCCGAGCCCGCCACCCCCACCGCCGCGGAGAUGUCGCCGCCGGAGGCGCGGCUGGCGAUGAUGGAGCUGGCGAACAUGAUCGCCGUCCCGAUGGCGCUGACGGCCGUCAUCCGGUUGGGCGUGCCGGCCGCGGUGUGGGCGGGCGGCGCCAACGCGCCGCUCUCGGCCGCGGAGCUGCUCCCGCCGGGCCACCCGGACCCGUCCGUCCUCGAGCGGCUCCUCCGCCUGCUGGCAUCCCGCGGCGUCUUCUCCGAGCACGCCGCCGACCCCUCCGGCGGCCCGGAGCGCCGGUACGCGCUGACCGCCGUGGGGCGCACCCUGGUGCCCUCCGGCCCCUCCGGCGCCUCGUACGCCGACUACGUGCUGCAGCACCACCAGGACGCGCUGGUGCUGGCGUGGCCGCGCCUCCACGAGGCCGUGCUCGACCCCGCCGGCCCCGAGCCCUUCGCGCGCGCCCACGCCGGCGUCCCCGCCUACGCCUACUACGGGCAGGACCGGGCGGCCAACGAGGUGAUGCUCCGCGCCAUGACCGGCGUGUCGGAGCCCUUCAUGCAGGCGCUGCUGGACGGGUACGAGGGCGGGUUCGAGGGCGUGGCCACGCUGGUCGACGUCGGCGGCAGCUCCGGCGCCUGCCUGGAGAUGAUCAUGCGCCGGGUGCCCACCAUCCGGGAGGGCGUCAACUUCGACCUGCCCGACGUCGUCGCCGCCGCGCCCCCCAUCGCCGGAGUGAAGCAUGUGGGUGGAGACAUGUUCAAGUCCAUCCCCUCCGGCGACGCCAUCUUCAUGAAGUGGGUUCUCACGACGUGGACCAACGACGAGUGCACGGCGAUCCUCAAGAAGUGCCACGAGGCGCUGCCGGAGGGCGGGAAGAUGAUCGCGUGCGAGCCGGUGGUGCCGGAGACGACGGACGCCAGCAUGAGGACGAGGGCGCUGCUGGAGAACGACAUCUUCGUCAUGACCACCUACCGGACCCAGGGGAGGGAGCGGUCCGAGGAGGAGUUCCGGCAGCUCGGCCUCACCGCUGGCUUCGCCGGCUUCCGGGCCCUCUACCUCGACCCUUUCUACGCUGUCCUUGAGUAUGUCAAGUGAUCAGGUGGCUUAGAUCUCACCUCUCCACCCAAUUGUUUUCUCCCAUGUAAAAGAAUUUGAACAAGGAGGUCGGGUGUAUGACUCCUGUUAGGUUGGACAUGCGUUUUGAGUUCUGAGAUGUUAUCUUGAGAUAGAGUGAAUCAAGCGCAUUUGUCGGAACUCGAAAAAAGUUA